AUGACGAAACGAUGGGAUAAGUACAGAUUUUAUGAAAACACCUUAAGGAGAUUGAUGAUUUACGCGGGUUUGUGGCCGGAAUUGAAUUCGAAAAUGCAUCAACGAGUGUUGCUCGCUUUUCAUGCUGUAGCUGGAUUGUUCGCGAUGUGGGCGGUCACCAAUUAUUGUCAAGUCUACUUUGGAAAUCGUCAGCGUUUCAUGAGUGGGUUUGCCCUAUUAAUGGCUUAUCUCACAGUCAUCAUCAAGACGAUAUCUUUGACUCUUUAUCGAACACGCCUCGAAGACCUUCAUCACAACUUGGCUAAGACGGUCCAGUCUGAUCUGAGGAACGAAGAGUUGAAGCCUAUUUUUUUGUCAUCAUUUUUAUGGUUUUAUCGGCCAACGAUGAUUUUGGCAAGUUCGACUUGGACGGCGAUCGGUUUGAGUUGGUUCAAGCCGCUGAUAGUUGUGGCCAUUCAACUCUCCAAAGGAGCCACUAAAUUGAUAUGGAUAUUGCCAUUGAGCACCGUUUAUCCAUACAAGAUCGAUUCCCAUACCUGGCGAUAUCCAGUUCACUACCUUUUCGAGAUUUACUCCGGGGUGACUUUAGCCAUUUUUUCCUCCUCCAGUGACGCCCUUUUUGGCUACUAUAUGUUUCAAUUAACCGGUCAACUUCGAACGCUAUCGCAUCGGAUUAAAAAUCUGGCAUCGAGCAAAAACUAUCAGGAAGAAUUACGCGACUGCGUUGAUCGUCAUCAAGUUCUUGCGCGGUGCCAGGACCAUGUCAAUCGAAUUUACGGUCCAAUUAUUCUUUGGCUACUCGUGACCAAUGCCCUUAUCAUGUGUGCUCUCGUCUACGAAGCUUCGCACGUGAAGGUCCAAAAAGCCAUCGCCAUUGUAAUCUACAUCGGCAUGAAAUCGAUACAGACAUUGGUCUACGGAUGGUUCGGCACGAUGCUUACAAACGAGAGCAAUAAUUUGAACGACGCUGUUUACUCGUGCGCGUGGCCAGGCUCUGGUCAAAAACGCCUAAUGACCGACGUCUUGAUCCUCUUGAUGUACAAGCCAUUCGUCCUGAGUGCCUGCAGUGUUGCCAACGUGUCGGUCGAUAUGUUCGUCAACGUCGUGAACACUGCCAUGUCAUAUUUCUUCAUGUUGCGAACGAUGGACGAGAAAAACGAAAUGUCAGGCUCCUAAAAAUACCGAAGUAUCGAACUGAUGAUUAGUGGAAACAAUUUAGUGUCCAUGUGGACGAUUCCGAGUAGAUUAUGAACUAGAAAAUAUAGAGUAGGAAAACAGUCCAUCGGCUUACAAAUCUAACCAUAUGCAAUAACCGUCCAGGCUUUGUAUUAUUGUCUCCCGCUUUCUAUGAACGUAGACCGUCAGAGAAGAAAAAGAUGAUAGAAAAUAAAUGGUAGUAUAUUCAAAUAAAAAUAUGCAAAUAUAAUCAAUAAAAAUUGAACUUUUAA